AGUGACCACUCUUUGGGUGUCUCGCAAAAUGGUGACUGCUUACGUGCUGACUCUUUUCUUCGUGUUCGGAUAUGCCCAGGGCCAGAUAGUUACUGGAGAGCCGGCAAUUAUCGAGGACAUAAGAGAUGCUCAGUCAUCAGCAGCGAGGAUCGUGGCAGGUCUGCCGGCUGCGGAGGGCCAGAUCCCGUACCAGUGCAGCGUCCGCAUGGUGAACGGUACCGGCAGCGUAUUCUCUUGUGGCUGCUCCCUGAUAGAUAAUAAAUGGGUCCUCACUGCAGCACAUUGUUUGGCCAACCGCUUCUCCUUCGUGGUCCGUUUCGGCGUGAUCAACGUGACGCGUCCGGAGAUCAUGGUGGAGUCUUCUCACAAGUACAUCCAUCCGGAGUACGAUGAGGUCAGGGCUGGAGUGCAGACUGCUGACCUUGCGCUGCUGGGACUUGACCACUACAUACCGUACUCUGCCAACGUGCAGCCAUCCCGUCUGAUGAGCAGUAAGCAGAAGAACGUCAACUUCCACGGAGUCCCCAUGGUGGUCAGCGGUUUUGGACGCACCGACGAUCUCUGGAACGGUGGUGCCGCUUCCGAAAUCCUCCUGUGGGCUCCUCAGAGGGGUGUAUCCAACGAGCAGUGUCGUUUGUGGUAUCCUUUCAGCACGGUCAUCCAGGAGCAAACCAUCUGCUCUGGAUACUUUGACAACCCCUCGCAGUCUUCUUGCCAGGGUGACAGCGGUGGCCCGCUGACUAUCAUUGACGCGGACGGCAAGCGCACUCAAGUCGGCAUCGUUAGCUUUGGAUCAAAUGCUGGAUGCAACACACCCAUCCCCUCUGGUUACGUGCGCCCCGGCCACUACCACGACUGGUUCACCGAGGUGACCGGCAUCAACUUCGACUGGGACAGCGACGCCAUCAUCCCUGGCAGCAGCGAGAGCUCUUCCUCUGAGAGCAGCGAGCCUUCCUCCGAGAGCAGCGAAUCUUCUUCCGAGGAGGACUCUGCAAAUCCCCCCGCCUGCGAGGAGGAUGGUUCCAACCCAUCUUCCGAGGAGGUCGUCGAUAGCCCCCCCUCUGAAGAGGAAGAGGCUCUCGAACAAGUUCGCGUUGUAGAGUAUUAAUUAUGUGAAAGGGACAAAUAAAAGUGAUUUUGCGACAAAAA